UGGGUCGGAGGCGCGGGGGCCUGCUGGGAGCAGGACUUCAGGAUGACACCAUGUCUGGGAGACUGUGGUCCAAAGCCAUUUUUGCUGGCUAUAAGCGUGGCCUCCGAAACCAGAGGGAGCACACUGCCCUUCUGAAAAUUGACGGAGUUUAUGCCCGUGAUGAGACUGAAUUCUACUUGGGCAAGAGAUGCGCCUAUGUAUACAAAGCUAAAAACAACACCGUGACUCCUGGUGGGAAGCCCAACAGAACACAAGUGAUCUCGGGGAAGAUAAUGCAUGCCCAUGGAAACAGUGGCAUGGUUUGUGACAAGUUCCGGUCCAACCUUCCUGCUAAGACCAUUGGACACAGAAUCAGAGUGAUGCAGUAUCCAUCUAGGAUCUAAAUUUUUAUUAAAAAUAAAAUU